AGAGGAUACAAAAUGCUGCAGGGUAUGUCGAUGCCCUCUGAGUGACCCGAGCGAGCUAAUCAAUGUAUCAGGACUCAACCGUUUCCUUGCCUAUCUGUUCUCGGUCGCUAUUAUGCCUCGAAAUCUUUUCCUCAACACACCGUCAUCACCAUGCCUGCUCUAUCGCCUACGAUGACGGCCGGCAACAUUGGUGUCUGGCAGAAGAAACCCGGCGACACAUUAGCACCCGGUGAUGUGUUGGUCGAGAUCGAGACGGACAAAGCCCAAAUGGAUUUCGAGUUCCAAGAGGAUGGUUUUCUGGCCAAGAUCUUGAAAGAGUCAGGGGAGAAGGACGUUGCUGUCGGAAAUCCAAUUGCGGUCAUGGUAGAGUCAAGCGACGAUGUCUCUGCGUUCGAGAACUUCUCGCUUGAGGAUGCCGGCGGCGAAAAGGAGCCUCCUAAGGAAGCGCCAAAAGAAGAGGCUUCCGAAGCCACAGAGAAGCCAGACUCGGGCUCGCCUACAGCGCCUCCUGCCGGUGAUAAAGAACCUGCUCCAGAACCUGUCGAAGCCGACACAUCGGGCGAGAAACUACAGAGCGUGCUUGACCGGGAACCAGUCGUCAGCCCUGCUGUCAAAAAAGCUGCGCUUGACAAGGGCGUGCCUCUGAAGGCCAUCAAGGGCACUGGUCCAGGUGGCCGAAUCACAGUGGCUGACAUUGAGAAAUACAAGCCAGCAGCAGCAGGUGGCUCCCCUACAGCUGCAGGCCCAUCGUACGAGGAUAUUCCAGCCAGCUCGAUGCGCAAGACGAUCGCCAAUCGACUCCGAGAAUCUAUGAACCAGAACCCCCACUACUUUGUCUCGACCACGCUCUCAGUGACCAAGCUACUGAAACUCAGAGAGGCACUCAAUGCUGCUGCUGACGGCAAAUACAAAUUGUCUGUCAACGAUUUCCUGAUCAAGGCUUGCGCAGUUGCCUGCAAGAAGAUUCCCACUGUCAAUUCGAGCUGGAGAGAACAAGAUGGACAAGUGGUCAUCCGUCAGCACAACACUGUCGAUGUCAGUGUGGCUGUUGCAACGCCAAUAGGUUUGAUGACGCCUAUCGUCAAGAACGCAGACAGCAUCGGUCUUCAGUCGAUUUCUUCGCAGGUCAAAGAUCUUGGCAAACGGGCCCGAGAUGGCAAGCUCAAGCCUGAAGAGUACCAAGGUGGCACAUUCACAAUCAGCAAUAUGGGCAUGAACCCUGCGGUUGAGAGAUUCACUGCAGUUAUCAAUCCUCCGCAAGCCGCUAUCCUGGCAGUCGGUACCACCCGAAAAGUCGCCAUUCCCGUCGAAACCGAAGAAGGUACUAUCACCGAGUGGGAUGAUCAGAUCGUUGUCACCGGCAGCUUCGACCACAAAGUGGUGGAUGGCGCUGUUGGCGGUGAAUGGAUUAGGGAGUUGAAGAAGGUGGUCGAGAAUCCUUUGGAGAUGAUGUUGUAGGGCUAUUCUUGGGUUUGCUCGGUUAGCGAGGCGGAUGCGAUAUGGCAUGUAUAAAACUCUCUUCCUUUUGGGGCAAAAGUUGAGCCUACAAUGGCCUGCCUCCGGGACGUUGGUAAUGGGCUCUUCGCCUCUUCGAUCUCAGCGUCGUCGAAAUCAGUGCCAAUGAUGCAGAUAUGAGAUGGCAAGUGUCUACAGCUCUACUCUGAAGGGAGGGGAUGUCGUUCUUCUCUUGUGAUAUUUGGAGUCAGGCUUUGCGCGUGCACGGCACCCAUCAGGAAAAUUCAAGUCAAGUACUCUUUGCUCACUAUCGCAUGAAAGAGGACUACU